GUACCAUUUGCACAAUUGAUCGACCCACCGACCCCAACUCUUACAUUCUCCACUAAUCAUUAUCAUCAUCUCCCUCUUCUUCAAUGCAUGAUCUAGCUAGCUAGCUAGGGUUUUUCUGUCACAAAAUUGGUUUCUCGCGAUCAUUUUGCAGGAUAUUUAAAGGGUUUCCAGCUUAUUUAAUAAGGUGUACGUAACGAACUCCCAAGCAAGAACGACAUAUAUAUGUGACAGACGAUCGAGGUGAAGUGAGACAUAGGACAUGUGUUCAAGAUCAGGAGGAGGAGGUUGGAGCGGCGGCGGCGGCGGCCCUGAUUCAAAGGCGCCAUGUGCAGCAUGCAAGCAGCUGAGGAGGAAAUGCACGGCGGAGUGCAAUUUCGCGCCAUACUUCCCGCCGGAGGAGCCUCAGAAGUUCGCCAAUGUGCACAGGAUCUUCGGGGCUAGCAACGUGAGCAAGCUGUUGAGCCACAUCCCAGCCCACCAGAGGCAGGACGCCGUCAACUGCCUUGCCUACGAAGCCGACGCUCGGGCCCGAGACCCCGUCCACGGCUGCGUCGGCGCCAUCUCCCUCCUCCACGCCCAGCUCCUUCACCUCCAGAAGGAGCUCGACGACGCCAACGCCGACUUGAUGCGAUACACAACCGCCGCCGCCGGUUUUGAUCAUCAAGAAAGUGCUACCCACGUUGUUGCUCAUGACAUCGUCAAUAACCAUCAACCAUAUGGAGGGAUGCCGCCUUUAUUUACGCCCGCCGCCGAUCAAUCACCAUCAUUUGACCACUCCGAGGUUGAAGACGCUGCUGAUAUCUAGCUAGCAGCAUUGAUCGAUAUAAUAUGAGACUCAAACGGCAGCGGAUCAACCUAAUUUAAAGAUGCAUAUCAUAAUAAUCAUAUAUAGAUUGAAUGUUUAAUUUUUUUGAUAUACAACAAGAUAUGGAGUAAUAAUUAAGGAGUAUUCCUUAAAUAGAAGUAAAAUACUACUCCUUCCGUCUCAUUUUACUUUGACCGAUUAUAUGUUUAUAUAGAGAAAAUAUUUAUAAUAUGAAAAUGAUAUGAAA